CAUAAACUCUACUACUGAUACUACCCUAGUUCAACCAUGAGAUUCAACGGGCUGAUUAUUGCUUAAAUAUUACUAAUGCUCUAGAAACCGUAGAGUGACAACGAUGGUGAAAACCACGAUGAUGUGAUAGAAUAUCGGAGACAUACUCUCAAUACCAUUGGAAAUGUCUCCGGAGCCAUGAUAUACUGGGUACGAUGGUAGUUAACUACCAAGCCAAGUAUGAAUAUAUAUAUUCUCUUACUCUUCCUCCUAAGUCCUGAUUUCUUGUAGCAUCAUCAUCAACAUCUCUCAUACAUCGCAACUUACCAAUUCAAAACCUCUACUUUAUAUCAAAAUCAAACAGCAACCAUGUCUUCAAGCGAAACACCUCAAAUUCUCCUUACUGGAGCUUUUGGAUACAUCGGUGGCACUAUCUUGUCCUAUCUCAUUAGCUCGGACUCCCCUGUCCUUAGCGCCUCGACCAUUACUUGCCUCGUCCGUGGUCCCGACCGGGCUGCCAAGCUUACCGAAACCUACGGAUCCCGUGUCCGAAUAAUCCUCUACAAGGACCUCGACGACGUCGAGGCGGCCACAGCUGCCGCUGCCCAACAUGACUUAGUCAUCAACACGACCAACGGCUUCCAUACCCCAUCCGCCGUAGCGCUGAUUAAGGGUCUCGCCCAGCGCAAGGCCUCAACUGGCCGCGACGUGUGGUACAUCCAGACCUCCGGUACCUCUAACCUCAGCGACCGUCCGGUAACAGGCCUGUGGAAGGAACCCGAAGGCCGCGAAUUCGACGACGUCAAGGAUGAUGUCUACGGCUACGAGAAGUCGCGCGAGGAGAACGACCACAAGUACUUCCAGCGCACCACCGAGCUAACCGUCGUAGACACUAGCUUGGAAUAUGGAGUUAAGACUGUAGUUAUUAUGUCUGGAUUAAUCUUCGGUCGUGGCAAGGGUCUGUUCAACAAGGAUAGCAUCCAGAUCCCCGAUGUGGUCCGAGCUGCGCUUAAGCGCAAGCGUACUGCGGUGCCUGGUCAUGGAAAGGGGGUGUGGGACCACGUGCACGUUGAGGACCUUGCAGAGCUAUAUGUGCUCUUAGCACGACAGAUCGUGGAGAAGGGCGGUGAGGGUGUUCCGACGGGUAAGAAGGGUAUUAUCUUCAGUGGCAAUGGCCGCCAUGCUUGGGAAGAGGUCGCUCAGAGGGUGGCCGACGCAGCUUACGCAGAGGGCGCGAUUGCCCAGAAAGAGGUGGAACAUCUCGAGCUGUCGGAAGCUGCUAAGAUUUUCUUGGGAGGCCAGGGUGGUGAAGAGUUCGUCGAGUUGGCUUUGGCUAGUAACUCGCGAACGGUGGCGAGUGUGGCUAAGAAUCUUGGAUGGAAGCCUACUAGAGGAGAGGAGGCAUGGAAAGCUACCUUCAAGGAGGCCGUGAAGGCCGAGCUAGAGAAAUUGUGAUGGAGCUUUUCCUCUACAAUGCGGGGUGGGAUUUGGGGUGCGAUACUUCUAAGAUGAUCUGCUCUAAUAAUCGAAGUAUGCAAUUUUUUACGUACUAUAGCGAAUAUUAAAUAACUUUGGAAUUUGCAUUCCACAUUGUUAUUUAUGUCCCUAGGUGGAAAAAAUGCAUCAAAUCGAGAGUGAGCGACCCCAAAGACCAAACCCUUGGAGGGGAGUAGAGUUGUGAAUAGUUGAAAAGAAUAUGCUAACACCCAUUAUUUUCUAGUCGUGCAAUCCACCUAUAAAUUUGAAGAUGGCGUCGGCCAUUGAUUUAAUCGAUUUCCUGUUUUAGAACUUCAAUGUUAUUUCUCAUCUUAUGUUAGGUAACAUUCGAUCUUGGGUCGAUGUCGAACUCUGAGGCGGAUACGAGGCAAUACUUGAGGGGAAGGUUCAGCGUC